AUGCCUCCAGCACAGACACCAUCCAGACUGAGAUCGCAGACUCCAACAAGACCUAGAAUGGCAGGCGCAUCGUCAUCACAGGGCCUUCACCAUCCUCCGUCUACUUUACGCUCAAGACCUGCUUCAUCGUUGUCAAUUAGUCAUUCCGCAGGUGGCGUCAAGACACCGAACCUCAGAAGACCAAUGACUCCCAGUACGUCAAACCUCAGGGCACGGGCCGGUGCCAAUAUCAAUGGUGUAACAACUCCCAUCAGACCAAGGGCUUCUAUGAAUAAUAUGAGGUCGCAAACCCCGGUGAACAAUUCAUCUACAAACAGCCCACCAUGCUACACGGGAACAAUCCAGGUCAGCAUUAGACCCAAACCUCUGAAUGGAAUUAACGAGACUUGGGAGAUUGAUGACUCUUUCAACACAAUUUCCAACACGGAUGCCGGCGAUUUUCAUUUCGACAACGUUUUCGACCCUUCAAUUCCUAAUCUCGAGGUGUACAAUCGGUCAGUGAAGCCAAUCAUUUCAAGAUGCUUGGACGGCUACAACGGUACCGUAUUUGCUUAUGGUAUGACUGGCAGUGGAAAGACUUAUUCUAUGCAGGGAACAGAUUAUGAACAAGGUCUCAUUGAGCUAGCGGUUUGGGAGAUAUUUGACAAAGUCAAGCAGAAUAGUACCACGCACGAUCAUGAGAUACUCUGUUCGUAUUUGGAGAUCUAUAACGAACGUGUUUUUGACCUUUUGGACCCAGAGUCAUCAUCAUCACUAAGAGGAACCUUUGGAUCCAUGGUGACAAAAGAAGAAUUGCGCAUCAGAGAUGAUUCGAGGUAUGGAGUCAAGGUUGUGGGUCUUAGAGAGCAGGUUGUUUCGACUCCUCUGGAUCUGAUGAAAACGAUCGAGAAGGGUGACACUAUAAGACGUACUGGUGGUACUGACUUCAACACACGAUCUUCUCGUUCGCAUGCUGUCUUGCUGAUACGGAUAAAUACUAUUGAGCGGGCUACCGGAGUGGAGAAAUUUGCAACUUUGAGUUUAUGUGAUCUUGCUGGUUCCGAGAAGGCAACUACUCAGCAAGAGAGACGGAAAGAGGGAUCAUAUAUCAAUAAGUCACUGCUUGCCCUGGGAACAGUGAUUUCUAAAUUGUCAUACCAAUCUGCUGGAUCCCAGCAGCCGUACUCGUUGAACAGUUCUCAUAUUCCUUAUAGAGACUCCAAGCUCACUCGUCUCCUUCAGCCUUCUCUUAGUGGAAACUCUGUUGUUUCAGUUUUGUGCACGAUUCAUCUUUCGUCCACUACAAUUGCUGAAACAGUCAAUACUUUGAGGUUUGCUUCCAGAGCAAAGAACGUGACGUUGAAUGCGAAACAAAAUGAAAUUUCCGGGUUACAUACGGUGACAGGAUCUGAUAAAGACAGACUGAUUGCGCAAUUGGUUAAGGAAAACGAGCAAGCAAAGAGAGAACUGAUGGAGCUGAAGGAGAAUGGUAUGUUCGAUUCCCCUGCCAGGCCCAGUACCGACGAUUCGGACAGAGUUGCUCAACUAAACGCUGAAAAUACCAUUCUGAUGGAGCAGUUGGAGCACAUGAAAAGGCUGACAGAGAGUCCAAGACUGGAAUCGUUGGCUGAUCACAAUGAGGCUUUACAGUCGCUGAUCACGUUUGAUGUGAGAGGGAACAGGAACGAGUUCCAAGAUUGUAUUCGCUCCAUUGAUAAGACGCAUAAAGACCAACUAGCUGAGAUUGAAGAGCUGAAAUCCUAUGUGGCACAUCUUGAGGGACAACUGAAGUCAUCCAGGUAUAACAUGUCAUUGCGUAAUGUGUCAGCGGUCGCUGAUGACAUUAUGGAUACAGCCUCUGAUGGAAAAGAUGAAGUUUCACUAGAGAAUAUCAUCAAAGACCAGGAAGAAGAGAUCCUGGAAUUGAAAGUCACCAUAUCGAGCAAAGAUUCGAUUAUAAAAGCUUUGAGAUCCGCUGGAAAGGUUCGAGAAACCCUGAAAAAUCGUGAAGACUCGAGGGAAAAUGACGAAAAUGCUACUCCAGGUGGUGAGUCGAAGACUGUACUCAAGCCACUUGGUAGUCGUUUGAAUGGACUGUUUAGCAGAAGCUGA